AUUGGCAAAGUUAGCAGAGGAAAACGAUAUGUCUGAAGCCGUCGUUGAAGAGCAGGACGCCUCUCGUUGUUCCAUUUGUUUGGAGCCAUUGAAGGAUCCAGUCACCAUUCCAUGUGGACACAGCUACUGCAUGAAGUGCAUCAGUGUUUUUUGGGACAAGAAGAGGAAAGAGUACAGCUGCCCUCAAUGCAGAGAGACAUUUACUACACGGCCUGUCCUGAAGAAAAACACCAUCCUAGCUGAACUGGUGGAGAAAAUGAAAAAGAGCAGUGCUUCUCAGACUACCUCUCCUGCUCUUCCUGCUGCUGCUGCUGCUGUUGCUGCUUCGUAUGCUGGACCAGGGGAUGUGGAGUGUGACUUCUGCACUGAAAGAAAACUGAAAGCUGUCAAGUCGUGUCUGGUGUGCAUGGUCUCUCUCUGUCAGACACACAUCGAGCCUCAUCUCAACUUCCCUGCCCUGAAGAAUCACAAACUGGUCCAGGCCUCCACACGUCUAGAGGAGAAGAUCUGCCCUCAGCACACCAAGCUGAUGGAGGUGUUUUGUCGUACUGAUGAGAAGUUUAUUUGCAUGCAGUGCACCAUGGAGGACCACAAGGGCCAUGAUACAGUAACAGCAACAGUGGAACAGAACGUGAGAGAGACACAGACAGCGUGUCUGAAGGAAAUCGAGGAGACGGAGAAGAAAGUGCUGGAGACGCGGGAGACUGUGACAUCUCACCUGCGUUCUACCCAAGAGGCAGAGCAGCAGAGUGAGAAGAUCUUCACAGAGCUGCUGGAGUCUAUUGAGAGGAGACGCUCUGAGGUGAAAGAGCUGAUCAGAGCUCAGCAGAAGGCAGCGGUGAGAGACGCUGAAGAUGUUUUGGAGAAACUGGAGCAGGAGCUGGCUGAGUUGAGGAGAGGACACGCUGACUUGGAGAAGCUCUCGGUUGAGGAAGAUCACGUCAAUUUCCUCCAGGCUUUUCAGGCCCUCGAAUCCUCUGUGUCCAAAACGUCAUCCAGCAUCAGUCCCAGUCCACAAGUGUCGUUUAAUGACUUGAUUACAUCUGUGUCUGCCUUGAAGAGGGGAGUGGAGGAACUAUGCAAACAGGAUGUGAUUGAGAUAUCUGGAGAAGUGGCCAGUGUGGAGAGCGUUGUCCCUGAGGAGCCAAGCACCAGGGAGGACUUCUUGAAGUACUCCUGUGCCCUCACCCUGGAUCCAAACACGGCCCACAAAGAGAUCUCUCUGUCUAAGAGGAACAAGAUGGCGAUGCACAGAAAGUCCCAGACCUAUCCAGAUCAUCCAGACCGAUUCCAGUUUAGCCCACAGGUGCUGUGUGAGCAGGGCUUCAGUAGACGCGUUUAUUGGGAGGUAGAGCUGGAUCUGAAGCAGACUGACUCUUAUGUUGAUGUUGCAGUAGCUUACAAGAGCAUAACCAAGGGAAAGAAUUGGGGAACUCUGGCCUUCUACAGCGUGGAAGACGAUGGCACAAUGGCCCUUCUACACAGAGUUCAGGCGGAGUUCAUAGAACCCCUUCAUCCUGGGUUCCGUGUGAGUCCUCAUGCAUCUGUAGAACUGCUCUGA